AUGUCAGGAAGAGGAAAAGGCGGUAAAGGACUCGGUAAAGGAGGCGCUAAGCGUCAUCGCAAGGUUCUGCGUGAUAACAUCCAGGGAAUCACCAAACCCGCCAUCCGUCGUCUCGCUCGUCGUGGUGGAGUCAAGCGUAUCUCCGGUCUGAUCUAUGAGGAGACUCGCGGUGUGUUGAAGGUGUUUUUGGAGAACGUUAUUCGUGAUGCAGUCACCUACACUGAACACGCCAAGAGAAAGACCGUCACCGCCAUGGAUGUCGUCUAUGCUCUGAAGCGUCAGGGUCGCACUCUUCCAACAGCCCUCCAUGUUAAUAGUUUAACUUCAGUCAUGGCAAGAACAAAGCAGACCGCUCGUAAAUCCACCGGAGGCAAAGCGCCCAGGAAGCAGCUCGCCACUAAAGCUGCCCGUAAGAGCGCCCCAGCUACCGGCGGUGUGAAGAAGCCUCAUCGUUACAGGCCCGGUACCGUAGCGCUGAGAGAAAUCCGCCGCUAUCAGAAGUCUACUGAGCUGCUGAUCCGUAAGCUGCCUUUCCAGCGUCUGGUGAGAGAAAUCGCCCAGGACUUCAAGACUGAUCUGCGCUUCCAGAGCUCCGCCGUCAUGGCCCUGCAGGAGUCUAGCGAAGCUUAUUUGGUCGGCCUGUUUGAGGACACCAACCUGUGCGCCAUCCACGCCAAGAGGACUGAAAUCAUGUCAGGAAGAGGCAAAGGUGGUAAAGGACUCGGCAAAGGAGGCGCUAAGCGUCAUCGCAAGGUUUUGCGUGAUAACAUCCAGGGAAUCACCAAACCCGCCAUCCGCCGUCUCGCUCGCCGUGGUGGAGUCAAGCGUAUCUCCGGUCUGAUCUAUGAGGAGACUCGCGGUGUGUUGAAGGUGUUUUUGGAGAACGUUAUUCGUGACGCUGUCACCUACACUGAACACGCCAAGAGAAAGACCGUCACCGCCAUGGAUGUCGUUUAUGCUCUGAAGCGUCAGGGUCGCACUCUGUACGGUUUCGGAGGUUAA